CGCCGAGAGGCGAGAAGAGCGUUCGCCUUUCUAGCCCUGGCGCCCUGCGGUCCUCCACUGUCCAUCCAGCCUUUCCACCAUUUUGUCGGAGGUUCACUGCCGGUGGUCGGAGAAUGAGCCGUCGGUUGAGGGCGUUUGUGCGGUGGAUGAAGUCGCAGGGGUUCCAGUGGACCGACGGGUUGGAGUUCGUCGAUCGUUCGGAGGGUGGCGGCGGAGGCGUCUCGGUGAAGGCUGUGCGGGACUUGAGGGAAGGUGAGGCGGUGGCGGCGAUACCGAAGGCGGCGUGCCUCACCGUCAAGAACAGCGGAGCUUCCGAGUUGAUUGAGUCGGCGGAUUUAGGAGGGUUUUUGGGGCUUUCUGUGGCGCUGAUGUAUGAGAAGGGAUUGGGGGAAUCCUCUCCCUGGGCUGGGUACCUUCAGCUGUUGCCGGAGAGCGAGUGCAUCCCUUUGCUAUGGACACUGGACGAAGUCGAUCGGCUCCUCCAGGGUACCGAGCUUCAUAAGACCGUUAAAGAAGACAAGGGUCUUGUUCUUGAGGACUGGAAGGAGAACAUCUUGCCUCUAGUUCAUCAACUGCCUUCAAAUGUCAACGCAAAAUGUUUUGGCGUUGAGCAAUAUUUUGCUGCCAAGAGCCUUGUGUCGUCCAGAGCUUUUGAGAUAGACGAUUACCAUGGACACGGGAUGGUUCCUUUGGCAGAUUUAUUUAAUCACAAGACUGGUGCUGAGGAUGUGCACUUCACCUCUGUACCAUCAUCACAUUCUGAUGAUGAUGAUGAUGAUGAUGAUGAUGCGGAGGAGGAGGAGGAGGAGGAGGAGGAUAGCAGCAUAAGUGAUUUGCUCAAUGAAAAUAAGGUUGACGAAGAACCUUCAAGUGAGCUGGAAGGCUCUGCGAUAAGUCUGGAUGAUCCCAUGGUGUUGGAGAUGAUCAUGGUGAAAGAUGUUCAGCUUGGAGCUGAGAUCUUCAAUACAUAUGGGUUGGUGGGCAAUGCGGCAUUGCUGCAUAGGUAUGGAUUUGCAGAGCCAGACAAUCAAUUCGAUAUUGUCAACAUUGAUUUGGAGUUGGUACUACAAUGGAGUACAUCAUUAUUCACUGGCCGGUAUAGUAGAGCAAGGCUGUCCCUGUGGAGAAACCUAGAUUACUCGGGGUGUGUCAGUGGGGAGUCUGAAUACUUUGAGGUCUCCAACGAUGGUGAACCACAGAUUGAGUUGUUGGUAUUGUUAUACAUAAUGCUAUUACCAGAGGAAGCUUACCUUAGAUUGGAUAUCCUAGUGUCAACUACUGCAACUAGCAAAGAAGAUCCCAUUAGCAUGUAUUUGUCGGAGAAAUGCAGUAUCACACAGGACAAAAGGUCAGAAAUCAGUCGUGAUCUGCUAUUGACUGAAAGUGUUUGUGAGGCUCUUUUGUGGCUAGCUGAUAAGAGGGAUAGUUUAUAUAAUAAGUCGAUGAAAGACGACAUUGAGGCUCUCCAGAGAUGUAGUGUGAAAGAAGGAAAAGCCUACUAUUCUCUUGUGUUGCGCGUAUGCGAAAGGAGGAUUCUCGAGAAACUCAGGUCUUAUGCAACUGUUGUUGCUCAAUCGUCCCAAGAUAUGAAGAGAGCUUGUUGUACCAGAAAGAGAUUGAAGAGGGAAAGCAGUGAACAAACACAAAUUAAUCUCUGAGUGUAGGUUUUAAGAAUCGUUUUGGCAUUUCAUUUGCAGAUACUGGGGCAGGGAUGGUUCUUAAAUUGAGGGCGGAGUUUUCUCCUUUCAUCCUUUAUUUGGUUUCGGAGAAGAAUGUACUGAUUCUCACCAUCUCCCGGUUUAAUUUUUCUAUUGGUUAAUUUUUGCAGUACCAUAAGCGAUUCAUGCAAAAAAUAUAUAUAUAUAUAUAUAUUUUUUUUUUUUGCAAUAAGGGAGGCCAAGGCCA